GAAUAGUAUUUAAAGGAAAGGUAAAUGUUCAACUUGGAUUAGUAUUUGUUAGAGUUCAUUAACUACGUCUGAUUAAAAUUGUGACUAUAAUUUUGGAGAGUUUAUAGUAAAUUUUUACUUUUAUUUCAUCAUCUUUUUUAUUCCAAGUUGAUUGGUUUACCAUCAUGACUGAUGUUAAUGAAAAUCCAAAUCCUGAUGAAAAAGGUAAAAAUUCACCGAAAGGUGCUAAGAAACCUCGUAAACGGAAUCGUAAACCUAAAGGUGAGAGUGAUAGUAAUCAUCAUCAUCAACAACAACAACAACAACCAUCAACAUCUACCACUGGACCACCAGCAAAGAUUGAAGGUGACCCUUCAAAAUCAAGUGGCGAUUUCAUUGGGAAAUUGCAACAGUUAAACAUUGGCUCUGAGACUACUCCAAAAUCAGUGGAACCAAUGUUACCAUCUAAUAGAAAUGAUACCCAACCGCUUCAAUCUGCAAAUCGACCGGACAUCAAAUCGUCGGGUAACAGCAAUGUUAAUCCACAGCAAGGUAAUGCUAAGAAUAAGAAGAACCCUCGUAGCCCCAAGUUCAAAGGUAUCAAAGUGGAUGAUCAACAACCUUCAACCUCAUCUGCACAACCGAUGCCAAUUAAAUCGUUCAAACCAUCGGGAGCUGGACAGGUAAAACAGUCGAAGGCUGGCUCUGUAGCUCCAGUAAAAUCGGUUAAAAACAAUGCCGAAGGAGAAAACUUAUUGAAACCAGAAGAGAGUGAUUCAGAAAUCUUAGCAGUAUUCGAAGAAAACGACAAGGGUGAAAAAGAAAAGAAACUAAACCGAAAUAAGCGAAACAUCGAAGACGCUUACGCUGAAUUCGUCAGUAUGUUUAAAAUUAAUUUCGACGGAAUCCCCGAUAGUCGGUGUUUAAGACCAAACUUCAAAGGAGGUGUAAUCGGUAAAAAAGUCAAGAUUCUUUCCAACUUUUUUAGAUUGAAACUUACCGGAAACAUGGGCUACCAAUAUGACAUUCAGUUUCUUAAACGCGAUGGCCAAACGUCCGCUGUCAAGAAAGAAGUUGAAAUUGGCCGUAGAUUCAAACGAUUGACCAAGAGGAUGCAUCAGAUUCUCCUUCAGGCCUUUGUUACGGCGAAUCCAGAUCUUUUUAUAGGAAUUAUUUAUGCUUAUGAUAAUGAUCGAAUUUUAAUCACGAAUAAUCCUCUUCCUGGUAUCACAAAUGAUGAACACUUAUUCAGAUUAACUGUCAACGAAACAGUCAAUGGUAUUAUUGAAACGUCAAAUUAUGUCGUACGAAUCAAAAAAACAGUUGAACUCGCUCUCUCAUUGCGAUCCAAUAAUAAUGGUGAAGAGAACAUCAAUAAUGAUCGAGCAGUUCUACAAAUGAUUGAUAUUAUCAUGAAAACGUUUGCAUUUCAAAAUCAUGUCGUCUACGGAUCAAAAAUUUUCCCUUUCAAUAUACCCAGAGUAUCGAUGAACAUUCGUAGA